AUGGCCCCCAAAGACGGAAAUGAAUCGGACAAUGAUGAGGAGAUCCAAAACCAGAUGACUUCACAAGAAACAGGGACAACAGAAUUAAGGGCGUUAAAACAACAAAUGGCAGAGAUGUACGAGGCUUGGAUGAGUGUCGACAAGCGAUCCGAUAUAUCCCCUGGAUUCGGCCCCUAUGCUAACACAUCCAAUGUCACUGGAACUUCUAUGGUGCGCCCUUCGAAUACCCCUGUGAUAAGUAAUCCACUCUUUGUGUCAACUGCCCCAACUAACAGCAUCCCGCAGCCAACGAUGGUGCCAAAAUCCAACAGCGAUCCUCCGCCCAAAGUUCGGCGUGAUCAGAGUUACACUCUUGAAGAGGCCAUUAAAAUUCCAAGCUCUCAUCCCCACAUUCAUCAAUAUAGUUUCCCUGUCGAAAUUGAGAAGAUGGUCAAGAAUGAGGAACAUGAAGAAAUGACUAAGAAAAUGAAGAGUUUGGAACAAAGUAUAAGAGAUAUGCAAGGAUUAGGAGGCCACAAAGGCAUCUCGUUCAGUGACUUGUGUAUGUUUCCUCACGUCCAUUUGCCUGCUGGUUUUAAAACUCCAAAGUUUAAAAAAUACGAUGGUCACGGAGACCCCAUAGCUCAUCUAAAGAGAUAUUGCAACCAAUUGAGAGGUGCAGAGGGCAAAGAAGAGUUACUUAUGGCCUAUUUUGGGGAAAUCUUAGUAGGGAUUGCAUCUGAAUGGUUCAUAGAUCAGGAUAUCACCAACUGGCACACAAGGGAUGAUUUGGCUUGA